GUGCGCGGUGAAAUGCUUAGGAUGUUUUCGGUGUAGUUCAAUAUAUUAACCGCUGGAAUGAAGAAAGCGAAGAAGUUAACAUCAAACCUGAGCGUUGUGUUGGAUUACGAUGAGUGUGAGUUGAAAGGCUAGAGCCAAACUUAGAUCCGUUGUGAAUGCUUCUAGGAAAGCCCCACGCGGUAGAUAUAAUAGGGCUUCGACGAUAUUGAUAAGUGCGUUCAAGUGUGUGCAAACGGAAAUUUUGGCCGGCGGGUUUUUGUUUACCAACGUUAACGGUCACUGGUGCGUGAAAAAUAUCUCCAAUCAAUAACGGCCACCGGCACCAAAUAAUUAAUGAGCAUUAUUAGUCGGAUGUGAUGAAUUUCCCAAAAAGUGAUGUAAUGGAUUAAUUCCCCGUGUGCUGGUAGUUGCUAUCCGUGAGGCGGAAUCGAUAAAGUUCAAAUAGAGUUCGUUGAAAGCAGAGUGUGAUUGGUUCGGGAGGCUCACGACAUUGGCCUACAGUAACUGGUGAAUUGUAGCUGGGUGUUUUGGAUUGGUCUAGUGAAAAUAUCGGAACGUGUCUCGAUUUGAUAAAUUUUGCUGCUAAACUCCGUGAUCCAUUGGAUUAACAAGCGAUCAAACUGGAUUACGAUAGUCGAAAUGAUCAGCUACAGCAACAAACCACAGAAAUUUCAGAAUGGGACACCGGUUGGCAAAAUGGACCGGAAAAGGUGAUCGUAGAAGAUCCGGACCAAAUAUAGUUGUAAGGCCUGAGGAGGCACUUAUUGUUAUUUUUGUACUAAUACUAUGGAUAGGCGCUAUUGGUCUCUUUUUCCACCGGUGGGGAAAGAUUCGAAUGCUGGAGCCUUAUCAGCCAAAGUUUAUUCAACAACAUCGAGGUUCUUGUCCGCUGGUGGAGCUGGAUUUGGAUUUGCCACCCAUUCCACAGAGAUCAUCGCUGUCGAUGGGUCUACAGUCGACGAUGAUGUCUGCUUGCCCUGGAGGAUAUCCCGGUUAUAUUCGUCCACGGCAGAAUUCCGUUUUCGUGGGGCAACACGUGUUUUCACCACCGCAGCCACCCAGAAAAACACGCUCGGCUGUCGACAUCCACUCGAUGAUACUCAGCGAAGGCGACUCAGAAGCAGUCUAACCAAUCGCCUUUAAAACCUACAAACCAACUGCAGAUGGAACCGACGAAGAGAUGCAUCCUACAAAACAUUUCGAUAUUUUUGUAUCAUGACAUACAUAUUAUAUAUUUACAUUUAACUUUUCUUUUUAUACAUAACGCGUGGAGAGUAACAAAUGAAACAGAAAUAGUACCAUGUAAACAAAGUUCACCCUCGUUGAAUAUGACUAAAAAUUAGAUCAUUUUCUCUCAUAUUGAAAGUGUUGUUUAUACUCGUACCGUUUUACGACCAAACCUAGACGUUAUUUCUAGAAACUAGCAAUGGUUUUUUUAGCAUGCAUUGGUAGAACAUUAAACGGGUUAUACAUGUGUGUAAUACGCAGCCAGAAUACCAUUUAUGAUAUAUCAAGAAGAGAAAAUUCUAAAAAUAGCUUAUUAUGUAUUAAUUGAGGAAUGAUAAAGAUAAUGCAAUAGUAUACAUAUGUACGAUUUUAUACGUCUUCAAAACAUGCAUUUAUCUCUCAAGACGUUUUGGACGUCGUCCAGACAUCCAUCACUAUAAGCUGCGAGUUAAAAAGAAUGAACAAAACAAAAAUAAACCAUUUACGUUUUAAUACAAUUUGCACUUGAGAGUAAAUUAACCAGAAGAGCCAAAAACGCAAAACUUUUUGUCAAUUUCUACAAUUAUGUCUGAUUCGAUACUCAAGCUAGCAUACAUACUAUCCAAAGUUUUUAAUGAUAUUCAUUAGGCACUUAAGAAGCAGACAUCAGGUCUGUGAUAUAUAUUUUGUUGAUAAUUAAAGGUAAUAUCUAAGAUACCAAGCCACAAACAUAAACGUAGACAUUUUAUUUUUACAUCAUGUUGAUAGAUGUCUAAAUAAACAAAGAAAAAUAAAAUAAAACUGAUCCCUGUCCCUCCUUUUACCUAAAAAACAGACAAAAUUGUGUAGCUAAAGAGUGAUUGUUGACAAAGACUAG